AUGUGGAACCAAACAAUCGAUGGGUUCAUGAUCAAGAUGGGAUUCAAGAAGUGCGAAUCGGACCACUGCAUCUACAUCAAGCGAGACGACCAAGACAUGAUUCUCGUGGUGCUCUACGUCGAUGAUCUCAUCCUGGCCAGCAGCAACAACGAACUCCUCAAGUCAACCAAGAUGGCGCUGAGCAAACGCUUCGAAAUGACGGAUCUCGGUGAGCUCGAUUACUUUCUCGGCAUGGAGAUCAAGAACGACCGUAAGACGGGAAUGGUGACUGUACAACAAACCAAGUUUCUCAAGUCGGUUAACCAAGUUCGGAAUGGAUAA